AUGGCUUCCUAUUCUUCUGGGGAAUCUAAAUUUUUGAUUCCGUUAGAGAGGAGUUCCUCAGAUGGGUCGAAUGACCAUUUGAUCAAGAGUUGUAGUUGUUUUCAUAAUUCUUGUUGCCUAUGUUGUUUCGACGAGAAUUUAGAAGAAGAGUCAUGUUUUGAUUCGGACGAUGCGAAGGAAGUGGGAGUUGAUGAUGAUGAUAUUCUCGAACUGUUGUCAAUGGACCCUUUUGAACUGGACAUAGAAUCUACAUUGGCAGCAUUCUCAGAUUGGAUUGAGGAUUUUGAAUGGGAUUUUCAACCUGAGGAUUUAGAAUUUGGGGUGAGACAAAUACAUGAAAUGAUGAGUGAUAAUGAUCAUCUUCACUUUUUAAAUUUGAGUUGGGCUUGGAAUGGCCCUGAUAAUUUGCGAUAUCAGAGGCUUAGUUAUAGGGAGAAUGAGAUAUCAGUUUCAGGUGAUAUUUUCCAAGGGUAUCAAAAUUUUGAUGGAGUAUUUGGUGGGCGAAGGAAUUUUCUGAGUAUUUGGCAGGACGACUCCAGGGUUUUUAGUCGGGAAGCAGAAAAAUGGCAAACCUGCACCAAAAUUGAAUGUGAUGCUGGAAGAGGUGAUCCACAUGAUGGUUUGUUUUUUGUGUUGGGUUAUCUAGAUUUGCCGGAUCUUCUCUCUGUUGAACAAGUUUGCAGAUCAUUGCGUGAUGCUGUUAGAGGUGAUCCUUUGUUAUGGAAGACUGUGCACAUUAAUUAUCCAUUAAACUAUAGGCUUAGAGAUGACAAUCUUAUAAAUUUAACGGAUAGAGCUCAAGGUACCCUUCGAUGCCUGAUCCUAGUGAACUGUGUAUGGAUCAGUGACACUGGUCUCCAACGUGCUUUAAAAGAUAACAAAGGAUUGAUAAAGUUAAAUGUGCCAGACUGUUAUAGAAUCACAAUUAAGGGCAUCUUAUUCAACCUCAGGGCUCUAAAGUCAUAUGGAAAUUCUAGUAUAAAACAUUUGCGUAUUGGUGGACUUAGUGGUGGUAUGUCUGAUAUGAGUGACCAACAGUUUGAAGAGUUGAAGGAAUUACUGGAUGCAAGCAAGCAUUUGCAGCCGGGAGAUCGGAAGCCACAUUUCUUUAUUAGAGAUUAUUCAAAUAUCCUAUGUGAGGAUGGCCGUCAAUUUGACGUAGACAUGUGUCCACAAUGCAAUAACGUGAGACCUGUUUAUGAUUGUCCUGCGGAGAGUUGUCAGCAGAAACAUCAGGCUGCUCCACUGUGUAGAGGUUGCACACUAUGCAUAAAACGUUGCCUUCAAUGUGGAAGGUGCGUUAAGGAUUUUUAUGAAGAGACAGUUUUUUUUGAUUAUAUUUGUUUGAAUUGUUUAGAUGGUUUCCUGCAUUGUCCAGAGGAAGAGGAAAAUGAAGAUGCAGAGAAAAAGGAAAAUGAAGUUGCAGACUCUUCUAUUACUAGUGAGAGGACCAUGUCUCAGUUUUGUCUCGAUGGCUAA